UAGGGGCGCCGAUCGAUUGUUUGAGUCCGGCGUUGUGUGCGAUGCGAGCGAUUCCGCGACCCGAUCGAAAGUAACUAGCGCUACGACGAUCGAGUAGAAGUUGAUCGUAGACGUGCCGGUACCACCCUCACUAACGUCUAGAGUGAGCGCAUCCAUCUACGUUGUUUAUUACACGACGUUGUCCGCGUUUCUUCGCGCCGUGUGCGUUCCUGUGCUGCUGUUGCACCGCCAGCAGCGGCAGGCAGCAGAAGAAUCGUAUAUAGCGUAGCGUUGUCCAGCAGGGCAGCCCUCCCUAACGCACCCUCCUCCUUGCUGCUACUACUUUGCCCACCUUCAUUGUUGGGGCGUCCGUUCGACGAGAGUCGAUCUAUCUUCCUGAGUGUGUGAGUCCAUUCCGUAGGCUACUCGUCAUUGUCGUGGGUGUCUCGUGCAGUGAGUGCCUGUGCUUAAGUGCUAUUGCGACGGCCGCCGGUGUUCGUGCUGAUGCGAAGCUGUCGCGAGGCAUACGACUCAUCGGCGUUGUACCCUGCCUGCUCCGUGUUCGAUUGUAGUGUGGUGAUCUGAAGCUGUGGUGGUCGUGAAUCGGGGCCGUUGAGCGUCCCACCGGCAGGCAAGAAGCUGCAGUGUGAAUUAUUUUUCCCCCACUCCCCCCCCCCCCGCCUAUUCAUCUGGUGUGCUGGUAGAGCGUGUCAUUCGCGUCACUGUUGCGGCUAGUACGGCCUUUAAGUGAGUGAGUGAGCGAUCAAACGAACUAGCUCCCAGCGCAAAAUCCACUAAUCGUCACAAUUUGCUGACGCCGCUGCUGCGGCUACCGCCACGAGCCGACUCGAUCCCUAGCGAGUGUCGGAAAAUCCUCGAAUUUCGACUUCUGUGUGCGUGCCGUAUUAUAUCCGCUUUUCCCUCAACAACAACAGUUCGCCCCAAUUUAGCCGAUAAGCAUCUGUCUAGCAAGUGGCGUUAGUCUUCUUGACGCGUCGUUGCUGCUGCUAACGUGAUAAGGAAACAACACGGGCGGCAUGUUUCGCGGGCGAUAUGAUGGCCCCGGCGGCGGCGUUCAGCGAAAGCGUGCCGGUGGCGGAGACGACCUCGGCGGCGGGGUAGCGAAACGCUCGAAGACCGACGGCGUAUGGGAUCUGCGUUUUCUGAUUCCGUCGCAGCGAGCCGGUGCGAUUAUCGGCAAGUCCGGUAAACAGAUCGUCGAGCUGCGCAGCUCGUUCAAUUGCAAGCUCGUAGUGCCUGACUGUGAAGGUGUACCCGAGCGAUUGAUGCUGGUCCGCGUCAGCCGAAAUCUCCUGCCCCAGCUGCUUACAUCGAUACUACAGAAGCUAACGGGAUCCGAUGACAAUGAUUCGAAGACGCGCGCCGAGCUAAAGCUCCUCCUACACCAGAAGGAGGCGGUCGCUCUGAUCGGCAAAGGCGGCGCACGAAUCAAAGAUAUCCGUGAGAAGACUACGGCAUCGAUCAAGAUUUUUGAUAAAACGUGCCCACUGUCGUCGGACAAGGUAGUUCGAGUAGCUGGCACUACGGACGUGGUCACGGACGCCAUCCGUACAGUAUGUGAGUCGCUAGAAAACGAGGACGUGCAGAUCGGUGAUCAUUUCACUUACGACCCGGCUAAUUACGAGCCGUACACGGCGUACGAAUGGGGCGGCAUGGAUCCGUCCGACGAGAAUUUUGCCCUCUCGUCAAACCCGAAAGCACGUGCCGGGGGAAUGGGCGGCGCGAGGGGUAUGGUGCCGCCACCCCCACGCGACUGGGCACCGGCAUGGGGUCCGCCCGAGCGGGCUCCGGCGCCCCGCUUCCCCGACUACGGUGAUUAUGGCGACUAUCCUAGCUCGAUGCCGCGCGGUGGUGACUUUGAUCGCCGCGGAGGUCCGCCACACUCGCAGAACCACGGAGGCCGUGGGCCACCCCGCAACAACCCGGGCGGCCCUCGAAUGCCUCCUCGUGCGGGUCCUCCCCCCAGAAGAAACUACUAACACCCAUCAACCACCAACAAUUCAGCUUCCUUCCUCCCCGAAAAUAUCUAUCUGCUCACGACUAACUGAACUCGCCUGUCCUAUCCCCAACAGACCGUAGGAACACCAAAAACCGGCGAUCUAUAAUUUAGUGUCCGUAUGGGGCCCUCACCUUUUGCUCUCCAACAUGCUCCACCGUACUCCACCAUACUCCAACGUUCUCCAAUAUGCUCCAACGCCCGUUCUGAUGUCGCGACUGUCUGGGUUUCCCCACACCCCAAAGCCACCACCAAUCUGCCUUUAUGCCCCAUCGAAGAUACGGUAGAUUCUGUGAGCGCCCUGAACUAGGCUAGACAUGCGCCUACGCUUCGAACUAAUAAUCUCAGUUUCCAGUAAAUCUCCACGGCCACUUUUGUGUUUCACGAACGUCGAGAAACACGUCGGUUCAGAAACAUCUUAUUGCCUAGCACAGUUGCUUACCAUCCAGGGUAAAUACCCUUUGCUUCAAAGUGAUGAUGGUUGAUUUAGCCCCUGUUCAGCGUCCCCAGUCCCCAGAUCAGCAAAUGAGAGAAGCGAUCCCGUGACGAUUAAAACUCGACAUCGGAUACUCUUCUCCCUCCACCUAAACCUCCUGCCUAGACAAACAACUAUUGCAGCCCGACUAGCUGAAAAUGAUCCCGUACGAAAAAUAACUCCGUGAAAAAAAUCUGAAGUCCGUCGAAAUGGGCUUCCUUGCCGGAGAAGCUGUUGCCCUUGAACCACCACCGAAGGCCGAUACCCGAUAACUGUUCGGCAUCCCGACUAAUCGGAGACCCUAUUUUCACCAACCACAACCACCUGACUCGCCUGAUUCCCAAGGACGUAACAUGAAUUUAGAAAUAGACGUGUCACAAAGGUCAACUCCCUUAUAUGAAUACGUUCACACCUAGAUGUAGUUCUACCUGUCUAUAUAUAUAUAUAUAUAUGCAUUUCGAAAUAGUGUCUGAUCGCACUGCUAUAUAAUCCAAGGUUGCUUAAUGGUAUUUCGAUCUAGGAUCUAUAAUUAGUAGUAACAUUUAUUAACAACAGUAAUAACAAUAUUACUGAAGAAAUGUCUCUAGCAGGAGAUUGAGCCAAGUGUCUUAAAGGCGUAUAUAAAAGUAUAUUCGUUACGCAUAUUCCUUCGUAUUAGUAUAUGGUUCCGCUGAGCGUUCGUCCUGUAGAAGAAGGAGCAACAGGAAAGCAAAAACAAACGACAAUAGCCACUUCAAGCCUCGAGUGAGUGACUUUGGAGUCGAGGGACACAGUGAUCCUCAUGGUCGGUGAGAAUUUAAAAAAUUAGUGUUUUUCUGUAGCUAUCACCAUUGUCUGUCCCUUAGUGUAUCGCAACGUUUAGGGCGGGCGGAAACAAAAAGAGCGAGCAGACAUGUGGAUACAGGGCAACGGUGAAAGUACUGCAGGUCGCCAGAUGUUAACAAAAAAUCGAUUAUACGUUGGGGUAGGUUGAAGUCAUUUUGAGUGGGUGAUAGAUGCGCGGAAAGAUGUACACGAUGCGUAGAGAAGGACGAAUUGGGGGAGAGAGAGGGACAGGGGAAUCGACUGGCUAACGUAUAGACAGACAAACCGAGAGAGGCAAAAUAACGCCUGAACAGUGACUGAAAAGGAAAAACGAGCAACGGAUUGAUUAACAUGCAUUGAAGCGCACGUAAACCACGACGGAACUUCCGUAGCUUUUCCCCUUUCUAAGUCAAAGCGAAGAACAUAUACAAAAUAACAAAAUACCAGUAUCAAAACAAACAAAUAAACAAGAAAACAAUAUUUAACUCAGUCAAGCAUUGCGGAAUAGACGCGUUAAAAAAUGUUCUCACACACAGAGACACACACAGAGACACAUAUGCAGAACAUAUAAGAGAAAACCUACUUUGUAUGUACAAUAAUAAUAAUAUAACAACAAAAGAAACAUCCACAACGGUGAAAUAAAAACAACACACACGCCGCUUAUUGUAAAAGACCGGAGUGAAACCAACGAAACGUGGAAAAGUAAUAGUGAAAAUAACCAAUACAAAUUUAACAAAAAAAAUACAAAUUUCCAAGCAAUUAUUAUUAUUAUUAUUAUUAUAUAUUAGCAUUCUUGUAGAAUGGCUUUCAAUGAUAUACUGUCCAUUACUACUAACUGUACAUUUGUGACAACGACCAUUCGUGUGUCGCCAGAAUUGAACAGAAGGGGGAAAACCACAGUGAAAACAAUUAAAAUUAUGAAAAAAGUAGAAAGGUGUAAGGGGGAAUUGACCAUACAUAUAUACAUAUUCUGGGGAAUAUUAUGUCGACAGUGAUAAAAUGGUGAAUGAUCAUGAUGAUGGUGCCAUUGGAGGCCAGCUUUAUCUAAUUUAGCAAAAUUUAACUGGCGCAAAGCUAGUGAAGCUGUCAGUGGCGAUAGAAGAAAAAUCCCUGUAUCCUUCUGGUAACUUACCUUCCCAGUGUGUUGUAAAAGACUCCUCUUACCUUCACCUCCUAAAGCUGCGCUCUUUCUUUGUUUAGUAUUUUGUUAUUACUGCUAUGAAUAGGAAACGUAAAAAUUUCAAGAUCCUUAAAGAUUAGUUUACAUUCCCUUCUUUCACAUAUUCUCUAAAGUACACCUGUUAUUACAUAUGUAAGAUACAGAAACAGCAGCACACCAUAGACACAAAAUAUGGCACGCAGGUACUUGCUCAAUUUCCCAUAUUGGGGUAUAAAAAUGUACCGAAAAUUGGCUACUUGUAGGUUGAUUACCCCAUGUAGACACGCAGGGACUGUUUUAUAUCAAGUUGAUAUAUACUUAUGAGGUUAUCGCUGGCGUCUGUUCUUGUCAAUUCAGCUGAGGAGGCAAUGUAGAGGGGCGAUCUUUUAAUUAUUGCGACUUCUGAGUAACAUAACACGUGUCGAGUUUUUUUUGGAGAGAAACCCAUGUACCAUACCAGAAAUACACAUACCAUAUAAAUCACCCGAUGGUAGAAGCAGAGUCGACAAAUCGUCAACACUCAGCUGAUAGCAUCUGAUUUGACCGAUACACAGAUUAUAGUUAAUGAUGUAGUUUAUUCAUCUGAUGACUGGUCUGGUUGAAAACAAGCGUUUGAUGAGCACCUCGAGCAAAAUUUCUUAUAUAACCACCUAUAUGCCCUGAACCAUUAUCAGAUUUGAAAGAGACCUGUUUAUUAAUAAUCCCCGUAUCGAUGAACGUCAAAGAGAGACCAUAAUUGAUACAGUAAAAUAGCCGAGAGACAAAGACAAAUACAUCUAACUAAAGUAUAUAAACACAUACCGAGGGAGAUGAAGUAAAUAUUCUAUAAACAGACGCAAGGUAAAGGUAGUGAAGGCAAGAGGUGUGACGUGAUGCUCCGUGAAUGCAUUCAGAUUACACAUUGAAACAAAUAGAGCUGAGAAAGAAAACGCAAAUGAAGAAAAAGGAAAAAUAACAAGAACACCUGUAACAACAACGAUAUAUUAUUGAUGCUAUAUCAUAUACGAACGAAACCACAAUACAAUUACUAUUAUUAUUAUCUCAUUAGUAUUAUUAUAAUUAUUACAUUGUACCAAUAAGGAAACACUACAACCAUUAUAUACAAUGAUAUCGAAACGAGAGGAUGAUUAAAACGGAAAAGGAAGAUGGACAAGGCUAAAUAAAGAUGAAACGUUUCUCCCCAAUUGCCAUAGUUCCGUUAUUGUUAAUUCCCGAUCACGCAAUACUUCGUCUUUUGUUAUUGGAAUUGUUAAUCCUACUACUGUAUUUAGACUGGAAUGAACGGUUUAAUUCCAAAGCCUCCUAUCCCCUAGUCCCUUUUGCAAUGUAACGUUCUUCCAAUAAAUUACAUUAUAUGUACGUACGUACGUUAGAAUACAGCAUGUAUUCUAGUUGCUCGUUGUAUCUCACUAGAGUUAGAAUGUAUUGUCAUGGUAUAUGCUAUUGCUACUUGUGUAACAAUCUCCAGUGGAUAUGUCACCUUCUAUAAAUUGUGCAUAGCCAUUCACAAUUCUGUUUGUCGCAGCUGUCUUUAAUAAUUAAAUAGUUGCGCCAUUGGUCUGUCCGUCUAUUGAUCGAUAUAAUUGUUGUGCUAUAACAAUAAUGCCGAUUGUCGUUGUAAACUCAACUAAAAUUCCAUUACUGAACAGACACACGGUUGGACAUAUCUUCGAGAAGCAUUCCGGUGUCGUCAAUGGGAACAACUAUACAUACAUAAUAGAAUAUAAUUACUCGUUUUUUAUAAAGUCAGUAUGUUCAUACUGACUUCUCUGGUGCGCCGCACUUGUUUGUUUUGCACUAGUAUUGAUUUAUGUUAGACAUAAAAAUGUUUAUAGGGAGUAUACACAGACACGCAAUUGCUCAUAAUCGCCUCCGCUCCCCUGCUGCGCUCUGCGUUCUAUUUAACCCCACUGUCCCACGCUCCCUGAUAUGCUCCCAGCUGAUGCCGUACCCCACGGCAUCUAUAUACAGUAUAGGCGAUACUGCUACAUUGUUAUUUCGAUCUGAUUCUAUUAUUGUUGGCCCUGUUUUUAUAAUUUACAGCUAACGAACGAGGGCAUAUUGAUUUUUUAUCCGUGAGAAUUUUUUAAUGGACGAACUGGUACGCCAGCGACAAUCAAUCAUCUAGGUGGUCUUCGUGGUUGGUCUCCGAUCUGUGACAAAUAGAAAGAAGACGGAAUAACGUGAAUUCUUGCGCCUCAUGCCCCGACGCCCCCGACGAAAUCUGCUCACCCCGCACAUUUGUAGUCCCACAGAGGUCCCCGUUCUAAUCCUAUUUCUCCCGCAGGCCGUGGUGGUUCUCCUCCCCGAUCAGCUCUCAGCUCAGCUCUCCGAUCUCCGAUCUGUUCCGCCAAAAGCAGAAAACCAAAAGAACGACCUGAGAAGCAUACGUUUGCUGUGCAACUUACUGCUAACUAAAUGACUAAACUGGUAACUUUGGGUAGGUGAAUUCGCACUCAUUUGACUUGACUUUUUAUGCGCCCCAUUUUCUUUACUUAUACGUCUGCCAGUACAUAAUAUGAUUAACUUGUUUAGCAUAUGAACCUAUUUUAAUAAUUGUAAUUAGCACUGUUUUGGGUAUUCAAAGUAGGCGCGUGUCUUCUUGCCAACGGAGAUGGACAAUAACGCUCACGGCUGAUACUCAGUACUCAGGCGCGGUUUCGUACGUAUGUCUUCUUGACACAAAAUUGCGAUUAUUCUUUAGGGGGAAAGGCUUUUACGUCUUUAAGCCUAUAGCUACGAAGUUACUAUUUUUUUUAAAUGUUUUACCAACUUUUUUCAA